UUAUAUAUCUACAUGCGUCGAAACGUUAACCGUAUAAAUUUGCCUCUUGCUUACUUGUGCUUGCAGUUCUUCUCUUUGGUCCCGGGGCACGUAACACGUUUUGUCUGUGUAUUAAAUAAGUAACUAGUACUGUGGCCGCUAUACCUGUCUGCGAACUUCAUGUUGGUGCACGUUAAAUUGUUUUUUGACCCAGGCCACUAAAACGUGAUGGCAGAAGCACACUCGGCCGUAGCUUUUUCAUUUGCCAUCACACACGAGGGAUGGGAUGUGAAUUUUGAUCGGGAAGUGUUGUACCUGGUCUGGGAGUCGGGUGUGCGAUCAUGGAAGAAGCGCCUAGCACGUUUUAUAAAUAGUGUACACAAUGGCGUUUAUCCAGGCCAUUUGCAAUCCCUGUAUGUGCUGUGGGCACUUCUUACGGCUGCACAUUUUGCUGGGCUUAAUGUACCAUUCUCUCAAAAAGCCUUAUCUAUUUUACCCGGAAACUCCACUAUAUGGCAGGUCGUCGCAUGUUUAUUGGCAGCUCUUACCAUGUGGCUUAGUGUCAUAUUUCUCAUGAGAUAUCUACUCAAACUUCUGUUAAUGUACAAGGGUUGGAUGUACGAAUCUCGUGCCCCGGGAUCAACAAUAUCAUUAAAAACGAUGCUGUGGAUAAGUGUUGUGAAAGUGUUAUCUGGGUGGAACAAGCCCAAGUUGUAUAGUUUUCAAGGAUCGUUACCAAGGCUACCGCUACCUGCAGUUAAAGAUACAAUGAAACGGUACCUGCUUAGUGUUCGGCCUCUACUGGACGAUAAGAACUAUAAAAGGGUAGAAAGAUUGGCUAAAGAAUUUGAAGAAACAAUUGCUGUAAAACUUCAAAGAUAUUUGGUGCUUAAGUCAUGGUGGUCCAGCAACUACGUAUCCGAUUGGUGGGAGGAAUACGUGUACCUGCGCGGUCGCUCACCUCUGAUGGUCAACUCCAACUUCUAUGGAACAGAUGCCAUUUUAUUGAGACCAACUAAAAUUCAGGCUGCGCGGGCCGGUGUCAUCAUCCAUUUGUGCCUUAAGUUCAGAAGACUCAUCGAUAGGCAGGAACUUGAGCCGAUUAUGCUACAGAAUAUGGUGCCACUAUGCUCGUGGCAAUACGAACGCUUAUUCAACACGGUCCGUGUCCCCGGCAUUGAACGUGACAAGAUCGUGCACUAUCAGGACUCGACCCACAUCACUGUCCACCAUAAAGGCAGAUACUACAAAGUAAUCGUGUAUUCUAGAGGACGCCUAUUGAAACCAGCUGAAAUACAAGUACAAAUCCAACAAAUCCUUGAUGACCAAUCGGAGCCCGUGAUCGGAGAGAAACACCUGGCAGCAUUGACAGCAGGCGAGCGAACACAUUGGGCUCACAUCAGGCAGACCAUGUUCAAUAGAGGACAUAACCGCACCUCCUUACACUGUAUCGAGCGAGCUGCAUUUAACGUAUGCUUAGAUGAUUUUGAAUAUGGCUAUGAUGAAACGGAUCCCUCCAAGCUGGACGAGUUUGGUCGAGUGCUACUGCACGGAAAGGGCUACGACCGAUGGUUCGACAAGUCGUUCAACCUAUGCUUCAGCAAAAACGGUUUCGUUGGCUUUAACUCGGAACACACAUGGGCAGACGCACCCGUUAUGGGCCACUUAUGGGAAUACGUGAUUUGGUGCGAAUUAGAAGUCGGGUACGGUCCUGAUGGCAACACGCUGGGUACGGUUGACUCCCCUCCACCGGCUCCAAUCCGCUUACAGUGGGAACUUGGCAACAGAGACCUGCUCAAGGGUAUUGACGUAUCGUACACCGUCGCUCAAAAACUAUUGGACGAUGUGGACUUAAGGAUAUUAAUGUACACUAAGUAUGGCAAAGGUUUCAUGAAGAGCUGCCGCGUGUCUCCGGACGCUUUCAUCCAAUUAAUUCUUCAGCUGGCGUACUACCGCGACGCUGGCCGUUUCUGUUUGACAUACGAAGCGUCCAUGACCCGCUUAUUCCGUGAGGGCCGCACAGAAACCGUACGCUCCUGUACUAUCGAAAGCUCUGAAUGGGUCAAGGCUAUGGAGAAUCCUAGAGUCACGAUUCAAGAACGAAUGGAACUGUUUAUAAGGGCUAGCCAUCGCCAUCAACUGGGCUACCAAGACGCCAUGGCGGGCAGAGGCAUCGACCGUCAUCUCUUCUGUCUUUAUGUAGUCUCAAAAUAUCUGGAACUUGAUUCACCCUUCCUGCAGGAGGUCUUUAAUGAACCGUGGCGACUAUCAACAAGCCAAACGCCCCAUGGUCAAACGUCAAUGUUGGAUCUAAAGAAACACCCGAAGUGCGUGAGUGCUGGUGGUGGUUUUGGCCCUGUAGCAGAUGAUGGAUACGGCGUGUCUUACAUCAUUGUUGGUGAGCAACUCCUCUUCUUCCACGUGUCGAGCAAGCGGAGUUGCUCUAUUACGAACUCAGCGCUGUUCGUAAGGCAAAUCGAACGUGCGCUGAAAGAUGUACAAGACAUGUUUACUAAUUACAAUAAACUCCAAAAUGGAAUGAAGAAUAGAAAGUAGAUAAAUAGUAUGAUAAGCUAAUACAAUAGCUUAUCUUACUAUGUAUCCACUCCAUUGUUUUAGUUUUGUUGUUGUUGUAAUGUGUAGUUUAUAUUUAGAGUAUAAGUGGCACUCAUAUCAAGCUGAAGUAUUCUUCAUAAUAAUUAAUUUUGUACUAUAUUUUUGUAACAUCCUUUAUUUCUUUUGCUAAAAAGUUUUACUGUCUCUAAUAAUAUUUCAAAUAAAGUUAUAUCAGAUUAAUUUAUUGCUUACAACAUUAAAGUUUAUAUUUUUGACAAUAGUAAGGUAUACACGUUAAGAACUGCUAUUGGUCAUUCUAAAAUAUGGUGUAUAAUUUAAAAUAAUAAGUAUCAUUAAUUAGACAAUUAGAUAUCAAUAAUUAGACAAUUAUCAAGCAGUUGAUAAUACUAAAAUCUAGUUUGAACUAAUAUUAUAAUAAGCAUAAGUGUAUUUUUCUCAAACUUCUUCUUUUUCGAAUACUAUAAUACAAUAAGACACAGGGAAAUGUGUAUGAACUGGAUUUUAUGAAUAUUUUAAUGUAGUUACAAUAGAGCUAAAUGUUCGCGGCAUAUUAUAGGUCCGUUUUACAAUGAUACUAGUGUUAAUGAGAUAUGUUUAAUAGUUUAUUGAAUUAUGCACAUAAUGAUGAUUUGUUGUUAUAAUAACACACUUUCCCAGUCAUCGUAUUACGGUUUCUCUUCUGAUCUGUACUCUUAAAAACAUAUUGAUACUAAUGCUCAAUGUAGGAUUUUAUUUGACACAAAAUGACGAAUUUUGUCGUUGCUUUAUUUAUUUCUUUUAAUUCUCUUGAGUUGAGGUCAGCGGGGCAUUUUUUUAUAGCAUAAUUGACAUCUUUUCUCCAUCCAUCUUAGGUUUCUGACUGCUCAUAAUAAAAAACGACGCCGCCUCAACAGUAAUGUUAAUGUUUCAAAGCGCUGGUGCUAACUUUUCUAUUUCUAAUACUUUCUUGACUAAAACAUUUAGAUAUGACUAUGAGAAACGAAUUAAAAUUAAUCAAAUUAUAAUUAUACUAAUUAAUACCCCC